UACAUUUCGUGAGUACAAGCUUGAGCAGCGAGCCAACACCUGCGCACCAGUUGCUCACACUUUCAGACGUCAAAAAAAUACCUGCCGAUUGGUUUCACGUAUAUGAAUAGCGCACAACGAACGCCAAGUGGGACAAAGCCCUAACGGGUGACUGGGCGGAAACCAGACCAGAGGAGGGAUAAAUAGACCCGAGGCACCACCGUCAUUAUCAAAUCGCACAUCCAAGCCGCGCGUCCUUUUAGUUUGUUUCUUUGCUUCGCUUCGCGUGCAUCGAGUACUUUGCACGUCGCUCAGAUAAUUUUUCGCACGGACAAGUGACAAGAAGAAAAUUUAUCUUAAGAUGGCACAAACAAAGUUUACGAUAGAAGACAACGUUAUCAAGGGCGAGGAAAAAAGCAUUCCGGUCUCGAGCCUGUGCAUCGGAGAUAUCAUUUUGAAAGUGUUCAACGACAAGCCAAAUCAUGUUUCGCAGAUCGAGGUGGAAACGGGGAAGCAAACGACUUACGGGGAGAUGAAGGAAACGAGUGUCAGGUGCGCCAUGUGGCUGCAAAAGCUGGGCAUCAAAAACGACGACGUCGUGGCGGUUUGCACGCCAAAUCAGCCCAUGGAUUACGUUCCGGUGAUCGCAACUCUACUCGUCGGAGCUAUUUACAAUCCGUGGCACCACGAGUUCACUCUAAAAACAGCUCGACACCUCAUGAACUUGAUUCAGCCGAAGGUAAUUUUUUCGUGCGCCUCGGCCGUAAACGUGUUGAGGGACGCCGCCCGGCUCGAGGGCGUCAAGGUCGAGCGAAUCGUGGUGUUCGAGGCUCAGCAGUGCCCGGGAGACGGUAAGCCCCAAAUCCUGCGGCUGAGCGACGUUCUCGGAGGCAACGACCGGCCAACCGAGUCCUUCCGGAUAAACGAGUCCAAGUCCGAGGACGAGGUCGCCAUGGUAAUGUUCUCCUCCGGCACCACGGGCCUACCCAAGGGCGUCUCCUACUCCAUCAAGGCGGUCAAGAAUCUCCUGAAUGGCCUGGCCGUCAUGCCAUCCUCCUUCACAAACCUGCUCUGGUACUCGCCCCUCUACUGGAUCAGCGGGACUUUUAGUCUUUUUCAAACGACGAUGUGCUCCAAGAGGCGGAUACUGCACAGCACCUUCGAGCCCGAGGAUACGUGCCGCGUCAUCGACGAGUACAAGGUCGAGUGGCUGUUCCUCGCUCCGUCGAUGCUCGCUCACCUGUGCAAAUCUCGGGUCUUGGAGAGCCACGAGCUCGAUUCGCUCAAGUUUUUCCUCACCGGUGGUUCGAAGGUGGGCAAGGGGUUCAUCGAGCAGAUCAACCGCUACCUGCCCAAUGUCGUUUUCACCCAAGCUUACGGGAUGACUGAAUCUGGCGGAGUUUUGGCGGUAACAACGAAUCACUGUACGAGAAUCGACUCGGUGGGCUUCAUCAAUGCAAACACACGAAUGAAAAUCGUCGACUUGGAAAGUGGCAGGGCUCUCGGGCCGAAGGAAUCCGGGGAGAUUUGCUUCAAAGCGACCAAUGCUAUGGUCGGCUAUUACCGCAAUCCAAAGGCGACUCGGGAAAUGAUGGACGACGAAGGAUGGUACCACACGGGUGACAUUGGCUACUACAUGGAUAACGGCGAGAUAGUGAUAGUCGACAGAUUGAAGGAAGUGAUGAAGUACCGGGGACAUCAGAUAGCGCCCUCGGAAAUCGAGGAGUACUUGAUGUCUCACAAUGCUGUCCUGGAGGCUGCCGUCGUACCGAUUCCUCAUGAUUUCGACAUAGAGAUUCCCAUGGCAUUUGUACAAAGAGUUCCUGGCUUUAAGGUGUCUGAAGAGGAGCUCGUGGAUUUCAGCGCUCAAUUGGACGAUAAAAAGAAAUUGAGGGGGGGUGUCAAGUUUUUGAACGAACUGCCGCACACAGCGUCUGGAAAAAUAAAUAGGAAGUUGCUGAGGGAUUUGGCAGUAGCUUCGUCUGCAUAGCAACUGACGUUCCUCAAAACUUGUGAUUAUUGGUCUUUUUGUGUUUUUCCCCCCAAAAAUCGCGCUCCUUGUAUCUAUAAAAUUUUUAACAAAUUUUAUACAUGAUUUAACUUUCCACUAGUCAACUAUUGUAAAAACUAAAUAAUUAGAGUUCUAUUAAAUUUCUUAGAGAAGCUAUGUACACAAAUCACUGAUUAUACGUUAACUACAUGUUAAAGCUAAAAAAUAGAUUUUGUUUAAAAUUA